GGUGUGCGAAGGGAACAGGGCAGCCAUGGCCGGUUUCGCUGCUGUCGCUGCCCCGGGGCCCAGCACCCCCAGGAGGCUGAAUGUGAACGUGGGGGUCCUGGGGCACAUCGACAGCGGCAAGACGGCGCUGGCCCGGGCGCUCAGCACCACCGGUUCCACCGCCGCCUUCGACCGGGCCCCGCAGAGCCGAGCUCGGGGCAUCACCCUGGACCUGGGCUUCUCCUGCCUCCGCAUCCCGCUGCCGCCGCAUCUGGGCCCCGGCCCCGGCGAGCUCCAGCUCACCCUGGUGGACUGUCCGGGACACGCCUCCCUCAUCCGGACCAUCAUUGGCGGUGCCCAGAUUAUUGAUUUGAUGAUGCUCGUCAUAGAUGUGACAAAAGGGAUGCAGACUCAGUCAGCAGAGUGCUUGGUGAUUGGGCAGAUCGCCUGCCAGAAGAUGGUGGUAGUUCUGAACAAAAUAGACCUUCUUCCAGAGGGGAAGAGACAAGCUGCCAUUGAGAAGAUGACGAAGAAAAUGCAGAAGACUCUGGAAAAUACAAAGUUCCAAGGGUGUCCUAUUGCUGCUGUUGCAGCUAAGCCAGGUGGACCAGAAGCCCCAGAGACUGUGAAUCCACUAGGUGUUUCUGAACUAAUUGAGGUCCUGAAGUCUCAGGCUUACCUGCCAACAAGAGAUCCCAUGGGACCCUUCCUUAUGGCCAUUGACCACUGUUUCUCCAUCAAGGGUCAAGGCACAGUGAUGACAGGGACUGUUCUUUCUGGCUCCGUUAGCCUAGGUGAUAAUGUGGAGAUUCCUGCCCUGAAGGUGACAAAGAAAGUCAAAUCUAUGCAGAUGUUCCAUACUCCUGUAACUUAUGCCAUGCAGGGUGACAGAGUAGGCAUCUGUGUGACCCAGUUUGAUCCCAAGCUGCUAGAACGAGGUCUGAUCUGUACUCCAGAAUCUCUCCAGACCAUACAUGCUGCUGUCAUCUCCUUGAAGAAAAUCCAGUAUUUCCGUGGUGCUCUUCAGACCAAAGCUAAGUUUCACAUCACAGUUGGUCAUGAAACAGUCAUGGGAAAAGUGAUGUUUUUCAGCCCAGCCCCUGCUGACUUCAGCAAAGAACCCCUGGAGAAUGCUUUUGAUUUUGAAAAGGAAUAUCUUUAUCAAGAGGAAUACUUAUCCAAGGGCUCAAAAUCUUCGGAGGAAAACAAGGAAAAUGACCAAACAGGAGAAGGGCAGCUUCCGAGGCAACAAUGGGCUUUACUGGAGUUUGAAAAGCCUGUCACUUGUCCUAAAUUUUGCCUUGUGAUUGGCUCCAAGCUGGAUACUGAUAUUCAUGGAAACACCUGCAGGUUGGCGUUCCAUGGGAUAUUGCUUCAAGGGGUGGAAGACAAGAACUACGUUGAGACUUUUCUUCCAAAGCUGAAAGUGUACAAAUUGAAGCAUAAGGAAGGACAAGUGGAAAGGGUGCUGGAUGAUUAUAGUGUGAUUGGUCGUUCAUUGUUUAAGAAGGAGACUAACAUCCAGAUUUUUAUGGGGCUAAAAGUCAAACUAUCUACAGGAGAGGAUGGAGUAAUAGAGGGCGGCUUUGGGCAGAGUGGCAAAUUUAAAAUCCAAAUUCCAAAUGGACUCAAGCCAGAUACAAAGGUGUUUCUCACUGUCCCCUCCAAGAAGAAAUCCAAGGCAGGGAAGGGAGAUACAGCCAAAGAGGAUGAAAGCAGCAAGGUUGACUCAGCCCAGCCUGUUACUGUCAGCCUUCUCUUUAAAAGAUACGUCUUUGACACACAGAAGAAAAUGAUUCAGUCUUGAGAAGGCAGAAGAGGCCUUCUAGCUGAGGUCUGAAGCGUCUUUAAAAGGCUUACACACCAAAAUGAAUUCAGGUGGAACUUAUUUCUUAUCUGAAAACCUUGGACUUUGAAAGGCUUUUUAUCUCAGUAACAUCCUAUAAGGGCGCCUUCUACCUGGACUGAAGCUGGAAAGUUCUCCUAUCCUCAUGACUACGCUUGGCCUCCAGAAUCUGUUUGUUCUGAGUUUUCUGUUUGAAUCUCCCUGCUGUCCCUCUUGGCAAGUGUCACCUGCCAAUUUGUACAGUUUUACAGUUGAUAGAAAUGUUUUCGUGAAAUAUUUUAAGUUUCUUUUAAUUUAAGCAUUCUGCAGCAAGGUGGGAAAUACAAACCCAGUAGCAUUUGGGAAAUUUUACCAGUAAAUGAAACUAAGCAGUCUAUUUCAUGCCCCAAACUGAGUGAGGGGCAAAAUAUACCCAAUGUAAAUGGUGAAAAUUAAAAUAGAUGUUUUGGAUUCUUUCAGAUCUAAUAAUGUGAGUUGCUGUCUGAGAGACAGGUAUGAAAGUUUGUAUAAGUGAUCUAUAUCUUGACAGUCUGCAUGCAGUGUUAGAACAUCAUCAUAAGCAGAUCAUUUCAGGGUCUGUAUUGUUAUGUUUCCUAGUCUGGCAGUUCGGAACUGCUUUUCUACAAUAUUUCACACAGCUUUUGUGAGUCUUCUGGCUAUUUAUUUGAUUCUUUAGGAAAUUGGGAGGCUAAGCUAUUCUGAAUCAUUGCUAAGAGAAUAUGUGCUGGAACUGCUUUAAUUUUUGUAA